GAAGAAUCGUAACGGAAGGAAAGCGUUCCCCUUCCUGGGUGAUGUUAAUUUAAGCUAAAUAAACACGACAUAAUGACAUUGAAAUAUAUUUCUACUAUUUCUGCUGGUUCACAUCGGUUUCUAUACAGCACAAGGUAGUUGUCCAGCCCGGGAAACACGUUGUAAAACGCGGCUGUACCAAAAAAACAAAGGAUGGCGUUUCCGUGUGUGCGACUGUGCACUCCGUACAGAAUCACAGGGCUUCAAGUCUGUGGUUAUGCAACACUGAGCAAAGCAUCCAAACCGCAGGAGAAAAGCAGCAGCGGUCCAGUCUUUCAGUAUGUUGGCCAGCACAAAAAACCAAACCACAAAGUGUUUGUAUGGGGCUUUAGCUUCACCGGUGCUCUGGGUAUCCCCAGCUUUGUAGUGCCGGACAGCGGCAGGAAGAAGCCCCGCAAAUACCAGCUCACUCCUUACCGCCUGGAGACUGCAGAGCAGAUCUCUUCUGCUGCUUGUGGUUACGGCUUCUCUCUCAUCGCGUCCUCGACUAAAGAUGUGACCAAGCUGUGGGGCAUGGGCCUGAACAAGGACUCUCAGCUGGGCUUCCAGCGCACCCAGCACAGCCGCCAUCAGGGUUAUGACUAUGUGUUGGAGCCCUCGCCUGUGGCUCUGCCUCUCGUUGAGCCUCUGCAGACCAGAGUGGUACAGGUUGCAUGCGGCCGGGCUCACUCUCUGGUCCUCACUGACCAAGAAGGAGUUUUCAGCAUGGGCAACAAUUCCUACGGUCAGUGUGGAAGGCGGAUAGUCGAAGAUGAAGUCUACAGUGGCAGUCACAUCAUUCACAAGAUUGGAGGCUUCAGCAGCAGCAGGGUCAUCCAGGUGGCGUGUGGACAGGAUCACAGCCUUUUCCUCACAGAGGCGGGGAAGGUGUACGCGUGUGGAUGGGGCGCAGAUGGACAGACGGGUCUGGGACACCACAAAGUCAGCUCCAGUCCGGUGGAAGUGGGAGGGGAUCUGGCAGGGGUGGAGGUGCAGCAGAUCAGCACGUACGGAGACUGCAGCCUGGCCGUGUCCAGAGAUGGACAGCUAUACGGAUGGGGCAACUCUGAAUACCUGCAGCUGGCCUCGGUCACAGAGGCCACACAGAUCAACUCUCCUCGUCAUCUUCCUCUGAAAGGCUGCGGGAAGGUGGUUCAGGCAGCAUGUGGUGGCACACAGGUGGCCAUAAUUAACGAAAAAGGAGAGGUGUUUGUAUGGGGCUUCGGCAUUCUUGGAAAAGGCCCAAAGCUAUCAGAGUCGUCCAUUCCUGAGAUGAUUCCCUCCACACUGUUUGGAAAAUCAGAGUUCAACCCAUCGGUAGCUGUCACCAGCAUCAGAUGUGGCCUCAACCAUUUUGCUGCAGUAACAGAUCGAGGCGAGCUCUUCGUUUGGGGGAAGAAUGUGAGAGGUUGUUUGGGCAUCGGGAAGAGAGAUGACCAGUACUUCCCAUGGCGAGUGACUGUGCCAGGUCAAGUGGUGGACGUAGCGUGUGGUGUUGACCAUAUGGUGGCGCUGGUGAAGUCCCUCCUGUGAGCUCCUGCCCCCCCCCCCCCCGCCCACCCCCUCCAGCAGCGGAUGAAAGGCUGGAUGUUUGGCUGAGCCUCCCGCUGACCACCGGGCGCCUCAGGGAGCUGAUCGGGGCUGCUCUGGAGUCUUGAAGCCAGCUGCUCUCCACGGGUGACGGUCCCUCGUGUCCCUCCGACCUACGGUGACGUCAAACAGUGUGCAGAGCAGUCGAUUAUGCAGCUAACUGUCACUGACACAGCUCACGUUAUCCUGCAUGAAGGUCAUAUGGUAAAAGGGUAUUUUCAUGGAUUUAUUUUUGUAUUUUUGGCCAUCAUGUUAACAUUUCACCCACCGAGUUAAUUGCUGCUAUCUGGGAAGUAAAAAGAACUUUGGUGAGUACAAUGUAACAUAACUAAUAGAUGACGGCCAAAACUAUGAAAAUAAGACCCAAGUUGUAAUAAACGGGACAAGCUUCUUACCAGAAAACACUGUUAGCUUUCAAGUGGUUAAAACCUUGAAAUGUGGUUGUUUUGCCUGUACAUGAGAAAAUGAAUAUGAGAGAAAUGUGCUCAGUGAAUGAAGUGACUCACUGUGGAACCAACAGACUCAUGCGGUUUGAAAUCUUUGUAGGCCUGUGAAAUGUUUGUAAAAAGAACAUUUUGCCAUUUGAAAAGCCAGUGACAGCAAAACACACACACACACACACACACACACACACACACACAAAAGAUUAUCUCCCCGCCAACAGCAAAUAGAGGUGAAGGCACUCUGCCAUGUAGAAAACAGGUUUUCAGAAUCAAUUUUGCAACAUGAACUUGUGUGUCAUCAGAAAUGCGUGCAUGCUCUGCAUAUGAAAGCUCAUCAGCAGAAGCAGAAAGCGUCAAUUAUGGCAUCCUUUCAGCUUGAAUGGAUGUUGAUUGUCAUUAUAUUGCAAUAUGAAUCUAAUGCAUCAGCAGAAAAGUGACUUGAGACAGGUAGUUUUAUUUAGUUUUUCAUGUCGUGUGAGUCUGGAUGUACUGGAGGAGAAACCCACCUUACCCACAAUGUUAAACUCACAUUAUGCACUGAAGAAAAUGUCAAAAUAUCAAAAUAAAUGUAUAUUUUUAUUUACUGA